AUGCCUACGCCCAGCGUAAAUGUAGACCAUGGUAAUGCUAAUGGUGGUAAUGGUGUUGCUUCAGGUUCUUCGACGAGGUUCAGGCAUCGUAAGAUCAGUGUCAAGCAGAAGCUGCGGGUGUUCCGAGCCUCAGAGCUUAAGGACCUGGAGCAGGAUGAGCUUCAGCAGCGGGAACUGCUUGACAUUGAGACUGGUGUAGAGAAGAACGAGGAGCGUGAAGAACAUUUGCAUAAGAUCCUGCAGAAGAAUCAAUUGAAAGCUCAGGAUCUGUUUAUUCCUACACCAGAUGCAUCUAGGGUUUGGAAGGAUUUUGAUAGGCUGUAUUUUGGGACGUUCCAAGAGCCUGCUAGUUACAUACAAUUCUCAGCUCAGCUGGAAGAAUGCUGUGGGCCUUUAUAUAAUAUGGAUGAGCGGGACGAGGAGUAUCUUUUAAACGUAAUUAAUGGUGGCAAGAAGGAUAGCGAGCUUACGGAGGAUGAGUUCGAGAUGCUCAUGACGAAUUUUGAGUCCGCGGUUAAAGAACGACAGCCGUUUCUGAUGAUGGAUCCUGAAAGUCUGCUACCAUAUGAAGACUUCAAACCAACGCUGUUGAAGAACGAUGUUGGUGAUUUUGGGAUCAAGGCUGAAUUGGCUGCAGAGCUUGGUAUGGAUAGCCACUCGUUUGUAACCAAAUUCGACAAUCCUGUGAGUUUUCGUAUGCGACCUGUUACUGUUCUAGUUGAAAAAUACGGUGCAAGGGUAUAUGAAUAUUGGCGACAGCGGAAAAUUGAGGUUCUAGGUGGUCCUAUAACAGCAUCUCUCAAAGCAGAGCGUGGUACAGACAAAGAUGAUACUGACCCCUACUUCUGCUUUCGCAGAAGAGAGGUCCGGCAGGCACGUAAGACUCGAAGAGUUGAUACUCAGAACAGUCAAAAACUUCGACUUUUAUACCAACAGUUACAGUACACGAAGGAACUUGCAUUGCUAGUUGCUAAACGUGAAAAAAUGUCCUUAGAGAUGUUGUUGAAAGACAUGGAGAUCUUCAAGCUGCGAUGCGAUAUUAAGCCAUUGAAGCGUGAAUUGAAGAUCAAAGGGGAUGAUGAGGACCUAAUUACUCAGAAAAGACGCAAGUUGGUCAGUAAUGUUAUUAUUAACAAGAAUACUAUGAAUAGCGCGCAAUCUGAUGCCAAUGCAUUAAGGAAAGUAAAAGCAACCAAGGGUAAGGAUAGAAAAUUGGUAGCCAAACAGCCAUCUUCAACGGAAUUAAGGAAGCUGGUUCAGUCGCAGAAAUCUGUUCAACAGGGUCAAGGUUUGGCUCAAUCGUUACAAUCACAACAAAGCGGAGAUUCGCAGGGUCAGCAGGAUAGUCCUGCCGUGUUUCAUGUCUAUGUUAAGCUUCCAAGCUCGAAGAUUCCAGAUAUUGUGCUGGAAGAUGUAAACAAAUUAUUUUCUAUCAAGGAAAGGAAUACGAAGAGAUUUUUGGAUGAGAAGAUGAAGCGUAGAAGGGAAGAAGACGGUGGAAAGUUCUUUAACCUCACAGAUGACCCAUACAACCCGGUAUUUGAGGUUACUAUUCCACCGAAUGUGUGGCCUACAAAUGCCCCAUUCUCUUCCAUUGUAUCUUCUAAAUUCGAAAUUAAUAAAUCAUAUUUUGCAUGCAAUCUAGAUGAUUACAUUACCGGAAACACAGAUGCAAUUAAUGUGUAUAACAAAGAUGGUGAAAAUAUUGACAAUCAAAAGUUUAAGAAACUUGAGUUUUACAAUCCAUUCGAGGAAAAGAGAGAGAUUCUGACCAGAGAACACCCUGUUCGCUUCAGGAGGCGUAUAGGAAGAUGUGGAAUAGAAUAUCUGGAUCGUAAAGAUAUCACGCGGUCUUCUACUGACUUACUGAAUGAGUUUGUUGAUUUUUCGAGUGUUGCUGAGCAAGAGGAGAAGUCUGAAGUGAUAAACGUAUAUGAUUCUGAGUUAGACAAAGUGAAUCGUCUUUACGAUAGAUGGAAAUAUGAUUCAUCUUAUAAUUCCUACGGAAUAAAAUUCUCUGAUGAACCCUCCAGGUUGAACCAAAUAUGCAAUGAAACACAAGUUAUUCGCUUUGGUACCAUGUUGGGUACCAAGUCCUACGAACAGCUGCGUGAUGCUACCAUAAAAUAUCGCCAGAAUGUCAUGGCUCAAAGAAAGAAAUUAGUCAACUCUCAGCGACAGCAGCAGCAACAGCAACAGCAACAGCAACAGCAACAGCAACAGCAACAGCAACAGCAGCAACCUCACGAACAGCAAUGA